AUGGCAAAGUUUCAUUUCCUUCUAGAUUAUAUAAGAAAUAUCUUUAAUCCUCCAGUUAUUCUUCAGGAAAAUAAUAGGAAAAGGAGAGCUUACGACUCUGUUGAUAGCUUGCUGAGUCCUAAAUGUAGACGAUUGCAAUCGUCUUUAUCAAGAGACUUUGAUUUCGAUCGAGAAAACUACUAUAUAAGUCCGCUACCCCAUAGAAGAACCCCAGUAUACAAAACUCCACAAAGAAAAAGUAUGGAUACCAUAGUUUUAGAUGAUGACGACGUCAUAGAAGUUAAGAGAUAUUCAGUUGGCACCUUAAACAGUAAGGGUACUAAAUUCACGUCUACUCCGCAAGAUGAUGUUCAUAAAACUACUUUAAAUGGAUGUGAUGAUGAAUUAUCUUUUGUGAGAGAAUUCAAAUCUCCAUCUGCAAAGAAAAUGGAAGCCUCGAGAAAUGGUUUGAAUUAUAUAAAACCUUUUUCAAGCUCAGGUAUAUAUAAACCAAGAUCUACAACAACCGAAAGAAACUUAAAAGAAAAGGUGAACCAUUUAACCUCAACAAUGAACGGUUCUUCCAGAAACCUAAACUAUUCAAUAAGGCUCGAUGAAAAAUCAAAUUACAGAAAAUUAUUGGAAAGUUCCAAUGACUCUUCUUUUUACUCAACGCCUAUUGGAAAACUCUUUAACUAUGACACUACAAAUAGAAGGGACAGGAUCAUGGCUGCAGCCCGUAAAACUAAUGCUGACACUUCUAAAGGACGAAUGUCUACAAAAGAUACCAUUAGGAAAGUAUUAGGAGAUUUGGAAAAUGAAACUGUCACGAUUAAAGACUCUGAUUCAGAUUCUGAUGUGGUUUUUGUCACUCCACCUUCUCCUAAGCCGGAUUUCAAAGUGGAUCCUGUAAAUAGCUUCAAAAAAGUCGUGGAUACAGCUGAACAGGCCAAACCAGAAUGGUUAGAGAAUUUGGUAAACCGUCAACGAAAAUUAAUAGCGGCUCGACAAAAAGAAAUCGAAUACCUAAAAGAAUGUUCUGAUAAGCAUGGACAAAUUAACAACGAUAUGCGCUUGGAGCUGCUCACGGACAAAGUCAACAAAUCGCUACAGAUCAAAGACGUCAUUCUGCCGGUUCAAGAAAAAGAAGAAGAAUUGGAAUUACCUCCCUUGACCGAAGCCCAACUGAAGAUGGUCAAUAGAGCUUUCAAAGGCGAUCCCAACGAGAUUUUGAGCAAGAAGUUCAAUUUGAACAUUACCAGGCGAGACCUUCUGACUUUGGCUGGAUUAAACUGGCUUAAUGACGAGGUCAUUAACUUUUACAUGAAUAUGAUCAUUGAAAGAGGGAAGGACUCCAAGUGGCCGAACGCGUUUGCAUUUAAUACGUUUUUCUAUCCCAAACUAAUCAAAGACGGACCUCAGUCGUUGAGGAGGUGGACGAAGAGAGUCGAUCUGUUUGGACAGGAUUUAAUUUGCAUACCUAUCCAUCUCGGAAUGCAUUGGUGUAUGGCCAUUAUUGAUUUAAGAGAUAAAUCUAUUAGAUAUUAUGACAGUAUGGGAAGCAGAAACGACAAAUGCCUGAAAGCCCUACGAAACUAUUUGGAAGCGGAGCAUUUAGAUAAGAAGAAAACUCGAUAUGACACAUCGGAUUUCGAGCUAGAAAACGUCAAAGAUAUACCCCAACAGAUGAACGGAAGCGAUUGCGGGAUGUUCUCAUGCACCUUCGCCGAAUUCGCUACUAGAAACGCGAAAAUCUGUUUCAGCCAGGAACACAUGCCGUAUUUAAGACAAAAAAUGGUGGUCGAAAUAUUGUCGGGAGAAUUAUUGAUUAAGUAA